ACUGUUACUUCAUCAUCUUCCUACAAAACACCAAGACUGGCAGCGGCGUUCAAUAACAAUUUAAAAGUGUGAUGUUUUGUUGUAACAAAAUGGCAAAUAAUCGAAAUUUGAUCGAAAUGCAGGGAUCCCAACAAUUUCAAAUAGGAUGCAUUUCACGCUCUACAAUGUGAAGGUAUUUGACCAGAGUAGACCAGGUUGUAACUUGCCCACUAACUGGAUGCAGAAACCGCUUAUUUUAUUAGCUCACAAGACUGUCUGUGUUAGCCUACAGCAUCUUGGAACACUUGUCACUUAUCAGCAACUUUGCAAAGUGUGUAGAGCCUUUUCUGUCUCUUCAUGCUUUAAACAUCAACCCCCAACUUUUCAUACAGUACAAUUUUCCCAGAAAAUCCAUCAUUUCUCCUUAGUAUCCAAACUCAUCCAUAACAAUCCUCCCCAGCUUUCCGUACAUCAGUGUUUCUCCAACCAGCCAGAUAUGGCAGACCAGCGGUUCAUUGUUGAAUACGCCAAACGCGGGACUGCAGGAUGUAAGAAAUGCAAGGAUAAAAUCCAAAAGGGCAUAGUGCGCAUAGGGAAGAUUGUGCCAAACCCUUUCAGCGAGUCUGCAGGGGAGAUGAAAGAGUGGUAUCAUGUAAAGUGCAUAUUUGAGAAGUUGGAAAGGGCGAGAGCCACUACAAAGAAGAUAGAGGACAUCACAGAUCUGGAGGGCUGGGAGGAGCUGCAGGACGAAGACAGGGAGCUUGUUAACAAACAUGUUUCAGACCUGAUGGCCAAAGUCGGUGCAAGUCCAAAGAAGAAGGUGCAGGCCAAGAUGAACAGCACUGGCCAGCUAAUGUCUCCUCCUGCUGACCCAUCUGUUAACGCGCCGCGCAAGUUCUCAGGCUUUAUUGCUGCGAAAGCGGGCACCUCCAGCAGCCCUGGACCAUCCUCUUCCCCUGCCACUGUCAGCCAAGGCAGCGCCCUGUCCACCCAGCUAUGUGACCGCCAGCACAAGGACUGCCUCUUCAGAGAGUUUCGCAAGCUCUGUGCCAUGGUGGCAGAACACAACAGCUACAAUGUCAAGACACAGAUCAUUGAAAAGUUCCUCAAGAAGGGCUCAGGUGGAGAUAAGUUCCAUGGAGAUCUUUAUCUGACGGUGAAGCUGCUCCUGCCAGGUGUUGUAAAAAGUGUCUACAACCUAAAUGACAAGCAGAUCGUAAAACUCUUCAGCCGCAUAUUCAAAUGCAACCAGGAUGACAUGGUGCGCGAUCUGGAGCAGGGCGAUGUGUCUGAGACAGUCAGGAUGUUCUUCGAGGAGAGUAAAUCAUUUCCCGCGGCAACCAAGAGCCUCCUGACCAUUCAGGAAGUGGACGCCUCACUGACCCGCCUUGCCCAACUGACCAAGGAAGAUGAGCAGCAGACUGAGCUUGAGGAUAUUGCCAAAAAAUGUACCAGUAAUGACCUAAAAUGCAUCAUUCGGCUUAUUAAACAUGACUUGAAGAUGAACUCCGGAGCAAAACACGUCUUAGAUGCAGUGGAUCCAAAUGCUUAUGAUGCCUUCAAGGCCUCGCGUAAUCUGGGUGACGUGAUUGAACGGGUGUUGAGGAAUCAGCAGGAGGCGACUAAUGGCUCAGGACCCAGGAAACUCCUCACUGUGGAGGCCUCGCUCAUGACCCCCGUUCAGCCCAUGUUGGCAGAGGCAUGUAAAUCCGUUGAGUACGCCAUGAAGAAAUGCCCCAACGGGAUGUACUCUGAGAUCAAGUAUGAUGGAGAACGCGUGCAAGUCCAUAAGAACGGAGACCACUUCAGCUACUUCAGCCGCAGCCUCAAGCCAGUGUUACCACACAAAGUGGCCCAUUUCAAGAACUACAUCCCUCAGGCUUUCCCAGGAGGCCACAGUAUGAUAUUGGAUGCUGAAGUCCUUCUAAUUGACACAAAGACCAGUAAACCCCUGCCCUUUGGGACUUUGGGUGUACACAAGAAAGCAGCUUUUCAAGAUGCCAACGUGUGCCUUUUUGUUUUCGACUGCAUCUACUUCAACGGUGUGAGUCUCAUGGAGAGGCCUCUGUGUGAACGCAGAAAGUUCCUUCAUGACAACAUGGUCGAAGUCACCAACAGGAUCCUGUUCUCAGAGAUGAAGCACGUCACUAGGGCAGGAGAUCUGGCUGAAAUGAUAACUCGUGUCAUCAGAGAGGGACUUGAAGGCCUGGUGCUUAAAGACUUGAAGGGCUCCUAUGAACCAGGAAAGCGCCAUUGGCUGAAGGUGAAGAAGGACUAUUUGAACGAAGGGGCGAUGGCAGACACAGCUGACCUAGUGGUGCUGGGGGCCUUCUAUGGAAAAGGCUCAAACGGGGGCAUCAUGUCCAGUUUUUUAAUGGGCUGUUAUGACCCACACUCCAAGAAAUGGUGCACAGUCACCAAGUGCUCCGGAGGCUACGAUGAUGCCACCUUGGCCAGACUCCAGAAAGAGCUGGAUGUGAUCAAAAUCAGCAAGGACCCGAGCAAAAUCCCAGGUUGGCUGAAAAUCAUCAAGAACUAUUAUCCAGAUUUCAUUAUUCGUGAUCCUCAGAGAGCACCUGUCUGGGAGAUCACAGGCGCAGAGUUUUCCAAAUCAGAAAUGCACACCGCUGACGGCAUCUCUAUCCGCUUUCCCCGCAUGACACGCAUUCGUGAUGACAAGGACUGGAAGACUGCAACCAACUUGCACCAGCUUAAAGAGCUCUACCGCAUAUCAAAGGAGAACUGUGACUUUAAAGUGACAGCUGGACCAUCUACAUCCAACGACGACAAGGGCUCCUCAGGAGGGGACAGCGGAAGAAGCUCCCCGUCGUCCCAUGGAAGUGCUCCACCCAAGAAGACCAACAGCACACCCAAACCAAAGGUGGUGAAAUCCCAGCCUCGCACUCCUGGCUCGGAAGCAUCCAGUGCCAAGAAGGUGAAGAAGAGUGAAAGUGUUCACAGCAAUGGACAAAGCAAAACGAAGCCAACCUCUCAACUACUAGAGCCAAGGAAUGACAAGACGUUGCUGGACAUCUUCAGUGGGGUGAAGCUUUUCCUGCCCGUUUCAGUGCAGGACUUUGACAAAUUGAAGAGGUACUUUGUGGCAUAUGACGGAGACCUCGUACCGGACUACGACGCUGCUUCAGCCACGCAUACGCUGGCAGAACCUGAAGACGAUAGCAAGGCCCAGAAAGUCUCACCAAGCUGGAUCUGGGAAUGUAUCCGCAAGAGACGGGUCGUACCUCCCUGUUAACAAUAAA